GCAGAUUGUCCGAAUUUUGGGUUCGAAUGUCCGGAUGCGCUUCAGAUCCGGAUACGGCGAAAGUGCACUUGGAAAUAUGACGACCGAGGUCGAGGCCGCGGCCAAGGAAGAGGAGCGCCGAAGGAAGAAGAGCGCGUACUCGAAAGCGUACUACGAGGCCAACAAGGCUACCGUCAGCCUAAAGCAGAAGCUGCGCCGUCAAGCCCGCUUGGCGACCACCCAAGUGAGCAAGCACGAGACGUGGCGGAAGCCGUCGCGGGCGUGCCAGCCGACCGGGCACCAGCGCCCGCGAGCUAUCAAAACAGAGUGGCGAGCAGCGACGAACCGCAGUACUACAGACGCAGCACACCAGACCUUGUCGUGGUCCGACGCGCUGCGAGAUUUACCGUUGACAGAGACGUUGCCCGCCGACCUGUUUGUCAAAGAGAUCGACGAGUCCAAAGCACCGCCCGUCGAUGAGCUCGUCCCGACGCGCUGUGCGUCAAUAUCGAAUGAGACCACGCGCGAUUGGCUCUGCGUCUGUCCCUAUUGCAUGCAGUAAACGUAAAUUUGGUUGGUGUUGUGCAUCCCGGGCGCCAAAUGUUAUGUGUCCAAGAGACCUG